CUGUUUCUUAGAUUUCCUUUUUUGUCGGACUCCCAAGUGAUCCUUCUACCUUUUAAUGGAGCAGAUCUAGGGUUCUUUGAUUCUUUUUUCAUUUUUCUCAUCUCCUUCUCAUUCCUGCUGUUGAAGCAUCUGCUCCCACCCACUUCUAAUUUUCAACCAAUCUCGGGAAUUUUAAGCGCCAUUGAGGUAGGAAUCGACGAGGAUUCACUACGUGCCUCUAUACAUACAUAUUAUCGACGUGUAUGUGAUCGAAAACCCUUGGAGAUUACGUAGAUCCGGAUCACUAUUGAAGAAACAUAAUUCAUAAGGGAAAAAUGAGUGAGAACCGCGAGUUCCAGCUUGGGACAAUAGGUGCUUUGAGUUUAUCGGUGGUCUCCUCGGUGUCCAUUGUUAUAUGCAACAAGGCUCUUAUCAGUACUCUCGGCUUCACCUUUGCCACAACUUUGACAAGCUGGCAUCUACUAGUCACUUUUUGUUCUCUUCAUGUAGCCUUAUGGAUGAAAUUGUUUGAGCACAAACCUUUUGAUGCCAGAGCUGUCAUGGGAUUUGGUAUAUUAAAUGGGAUAUCCAUUGGGCUUUUGAAUCUUAGUUUGGGGUUCAAUUCUGUUGGUUUCUACCAGAUGACAAAACUGGCAAUUAUCCCCUGCACUGUUCUUUUGGAGACCCUUUUCUUCAGAAAGAAAUUCAGUAGGAAUAUCCAGCUUUCAUUGGCCAUUCUACUUUUGGGUGUUGGAAUUGCAACUGUGACUGAUCUGCAGCUCAAUAUCCUGGGUUCUAUCCUUUCUCUGCUGGCAGUUGUUACAACUUGCAUAGCUCAAAUUAUGACUAAUACAAUUCAGAAGAAGUUCAAAGUAUCUUCAACCCAACUUCUCUACCAGUCUUGCCCUUACCAGGCAUUAACUCUGUUCAUCAUUGGCCCAUUCCUGGAUGGGCUUUUGACUAACAAGAAUGUUUUUGCUUUCAAGUAUACCCCUCAAGUGCUGUUCUUCAUUGUUCUUUCCUGUCUGAUAUCGGUCUCUGUCAACUUUAGUACAUUUCUGGUAAUUGGAAAGACAUCCCCUGUGACAUAUCAGGUCCUAGGACAUCUAAAAACAUGCCUUGUUUUGGCCUUUGGUUAUGUUCUACUUCAUGAUCCGUUUAGCUGGCGCAACAUUUUGGGCAUCUUGAUUGCCGUAGUUGGAAUGGUCAUUUAUUCAUAUUAUUGCACUGUUGAGAGCCAGCAGCAGAAGGCUAGUGAAGUAUCACCACAGUUGCCACAGGUUAAGGAAAGUGAAUCCGAUCCUCUGAUUAGCGUGGAUAAUGGAAGUGGGAUGUUGAGUGAUGGUGUAGGUCCUAAAGCCCCUGUAUGGAAUACGAACAAGGACCUGCAUGCAUAAAAUCUUCAAGAUGUUAUAUUCAUUCGUCGGAGAUGAAAAAUUAGAAAUGAAAAGUGUUCCAGCGAUGGAAAAUGGUGGUGGUAAAGGUGACUCAUAUGUUGCACAGGCAGCACAGCAACAAUAGUCGUGUUAUGUUGGAUGUUUCAUAACUGUUGUAGGUUCAAAGAGUGGAGGGAAAUGCGUUAUGAUAUUAUUAGCAGUUUUGAUUGGUAUUAUUUGUGUAUCAGUGGCGAUAAUGGAAUGGAAUGCUGCAUUCCAGAGUUGGAUUUGUGAAAUGUAUGAUGUUCGAACUCCAGAUACCCAUCAGUUUUAUUUGCAAUUAUUUCUGUUCCAUAUAAUAUUGAAGAAAUGAAUUUAAAUUGUA